AUGAAAGACGUUGAUGAUAUCCUAGACCAGCUCAUUAUGCUUGGCUUCGCGAUUCGAAAGUCGGGAACAGUCGCAAGACUACGCAAAGCCGACUCAUCAUUUAAACCCAACGAGAACGAGGAUUUGCAAAAACACCUUGAGUUCAUAUUACUCAACAGUGCUGCUGGGAGGCAGAAGUAUAGUGAAGAGAACGUGGAGAACACUACUGAGAAAAGAAUGCGGGAGGUGACCCCAGAGCAGCAGCAUCUGAUCCUAGCAAAUUUGCGGCGUCGACAUAGAUUCCGAUAUGCGAGACGGCAUCAACAAAAGUUGGACCAAUUCACAAUAAAUCCUCUGGUAGCGAUGUCUAAGCCGCUUGUACACACAACUGAGAAGCACCAAGGAAUGAUUCCUAGGCUUAACAGAUCGCCUGCUUCAGAUGAUGGGAAGUCACUGCCAACAGAAGAUUUUCCAAGCACAACACCGUCCAAUGCUCCGCCAAAAAACCUCCAAGGCCCAGAAAUGAGCGCGACUACACCUUCUGUGCCGGAAGUCGACAUCUUGCAAAUAGCAAUACCUAUGGCAGCAGCUGCUAGUCGCGUGUCAGUGUCAGUUGCAACAAUGCAUUAUCCCUCGCCUCCUCCUAUAUCUCAGCAGAUGAGGGGAUUUAAGUGCCCUUGUUGUUAUCAGACAUUACCAGAAAUGUUUCAGAAUUGGUCGAGAUGGAGAAAACACCUUAUGGAAGACCUUUGUCCCUACACAUGUCCAUUUCCAAAAUGCCCAAGACCAGAAGUUUUGUACAUCUCACGGGCAGCCUGGCGUGAUCAUGUGCUCCAAAGUCACGGCGCAGGCCAGAACUGGGAAUGUUUGGCCUGUGCUGGAACUGGAAUGCCGAACACGUUCCUAUCUGCCGAGGAGUUUGUCAGCCACAACCGGACCAAGCAUAUAGACACCAUAUCGGAAGAUCAAAUCAUCGUUCUACAAAACACAUGUCGUAAGAUAGUUCCUCCGAAUAUUCCUCAGUGCCCCCUGUGUCCAUGGCCUCAGGAUGAGAAAGAGACACCAGAUGCCGUCGCGAACCUUGAGCAUGUCGGCAACUGCAUCCACGAAUUCUCACUUAAUGCUCUACCUUGGGCUGAGUCUUUGGUCAGAGAUGCAACUGACCCGCCAAACCCUGCUCUUUGUGCAAAGGUCGAAGAGUGGCUUAAGAGUACCGAGGAAAAAGAGAGCGCCCAUAUUCAGAAGAUUAAUAUCAAGACGUUCGUUUUCUUUCCAACACAGCCCCUGCCAAUUAAACAGGAGUGGGUAUAUAUUCCCGAGGAAUACUUUGCCGAAAGUUCCAAAGAAUCAUCUGAUGUAGAACGGGGAUCCCUGUCGUUGGACUCUGAUGUGCCUGAGGUCAGAGGAACAUAUUCAGAUGACAUGUCGGACAAAACUUCUGAGGAGAUUUCAGAGCAAAUGACAGCAGAAGAAUUUCAGGCUAGCAUGGUGAAAUUUAUCAAUGAAACUGGCCUCGACUAUUUCUUCGAGAAAGGUGAUCAAUUCUUGGAGACGGUCGCUAAAAAAGCGGUGCAGCUUCAAGGAAUGGUUGAGAACCAGCUGAAAACAAAACAUAUCCAAGACAUUGCGAAUCUUGCUCUUUACCAACUAGUCUUCUAUUGUGAUGAUAGCAGUUCUAUGAUACAAGGCACCCGCUUCAUCGACCAGAUUGAGUUUGUUCGACGAGCAGCCCGAAUUUCUACAUUGUUAGUCCCUGAAGGCUAUGGAACAGGCUUACAAUUUAUAAAUGACAGGCGCCAGAUAGACCAAAAGCUAAAUGUAGAGCAAGUCGAAGAAAUUAUGAAGGCCAUUGAACUCCGUGGCAGAACGAGGAUUGGCACCGAGCUUCAGCAGAAGAUUCUUCAACCCCUCGUUUAUGACGUUAUUAAUAAAGGAGCGAAGUUAAAUAGGCCUAUUCUUAUUUUCUGUAUUACAGAUGGUUGUGCUACUGGUGAAACGAGAACCUACUUUAAAGAGGCGAUUAUAAACUGCGUUGAGUUCCUUGACAAUCAUGGAUACCCCUUUCAAGCUGUUCGGUUUCAAAUUAGUCAGAUUGGUAAUGAUUCAAGCGCUAUGGAUUUUCUUGAACAGCUUAGAGAGGAUGACGAACUUAAGGACUGGCUUUUCUAUACUUCGCAACGCCUUGACGAGGCACAAAGGAAUUUUGAUCUUAAUGAAGACGAUCUUGAACAAUGGACCUUACAAACGCUUAUGGGGCCAAUUACCAGCUUGGAAAGCAUAAGAAACUAG